GCUUGAAUAGCGCGUCAGUCGGUAUUGGAACCUCUCUCGCGGUAGUUGUUAUGCGUUUACCUACGAGUGCGUAUAAUAGAAGAUCGUGACAGUCUUCCAAAUGACCGCAGGUCAUUUGCAGGGAGAAACGGUAAUUUAGUGAUCCGAAUUGCUCUGUGGGUACGUGACAAUCAGCUCUGUGAUCUAUUCGAAGUUGUGCGAACUUUUCACUUGAAAUACGAUCAUACAUCCGGAGCUGACCUAUCGUGAGGUGAUAGAGUUGCACAACCUCCAUUGAUGGGCGGAGGCUUUUAAGUCGUAACAGGUUAUUUCUUCGCAUCGGUCAGCGGCAUUGUCAUACUUCAAGUUCAAGUGUCCACUUAUCAACCUGAGAGGCUGCAUGCGUACAAAAUAGUUGCGUCUAGCUACUAUCUGAUAGAUUAAACCUCAAAAUGUCUUCCCACAGUUGCCUAAUCGCGGGCAUUUUACUGUGCCUCGCAUAUCUUGUUGACGCUCAAAGCAGAUGCUGCGAACAGUAUUGCUACAGCCAGGAUAAUGAUCGAACUCAAUCGAAACACUUUGCCACCAAAACUGCCUAUGAGGUCAUCCGAGGAUCUAUCUCCAGCCGGGAGCACAUCGUACCUGAUUGUCGCGCGUCCAAGUUCUGGCUUCUGAGUCGCCACGGGACACGGCUCCCCGGGAAAAAGGACAUCGAAUUUCUUUCCAGAACAUUGAACAACCUUCGCGAUUCUAUAUUGGAUAACUAUGAAAACAGGAGAACCGCUCCUGAUACUGGCAGAAUGUGCCCGGAUGAUUUGGAGCUGUUACGCAAUUGGCGCUGGGAUAGCAAUAUAACGGUUGACUACGAGUCUUUCCUGACGGUGCAAGGAUGGAACGAUCUCAAGUUUCUAGCUAGACGAGAGCAGGACCGAUUCAAUGAGGUUUUCUAUGGUCCGUAUGUCAAGGAACGCUAUCUGUUCCGUCACACGGCGACCCAGCGAACGGAGGCUAGCUUUAAGGCGUUUGUCGAAGGUCUCUUCGGGGAUAACGCGUAUAACCAAAUCAGUGCUGAACCGGAACCAAACGACGAUACUCUGCUUAAGCCGUACGAUUUUUGUCCGGCGUAUGACACAAACAAAGACAAAAACAAUCAACCGGACUCGGAAGUGACUAAAUUCGUUUCGUCACGUUUAUUCACGCAAACCCUUUCGGAUAUAUCAAUGCGGUUGGGCUUUCGUUACAAUUUGAGUGUCGACCAGGUAGAAGCCAUGUGGGAUGCCUGUCGGUAUGAGCAAGCGUGGCAUUUACAGCAACUGAGUCCGUGGUGCAGUGUGCUUACCAAAGACCAAGUCAACGUGCUGGAGUACAAAGAAGAUUUGAAGUAUUAUUACCAGAAUAGUUACGGCUACGAGAAGAGUCCGGAUCUUGCCUGCUACGCAGUAGCAGACAUGAUGAAGCACUUCAGUCGACCGGAUAAUCCUCAAGCAGUUGCUUACUUCACUCACGAAUCUGAAAUUCAGAUAUUCCUUACUGCCUUGGGGACACUGAAAGAUCUGGACGCACUACGAGCGGACAACUUUCACUCCAUGCGGAACCGCAAGUUUCGUUCGAGUGCUUCAACUCCAUUCGCUUCCAAUGUUGCCGCCGUUAAAUACCAAUGCGCCGAUCCAGUGGAACCGGUGAAAGUUAUAUUUUUCCUCAACGAAAAAGCGCUAAUGUUUGACUGGUGCAACGUUGGCUUGUGCAACUGGUCGGAAAUGGUUCGACAGUUCAAACGAUAUACUGACGGAAACUGUGCCAAGUUAUACUGUGGUGGAAGUACAGCAACAACUAGGCAGAUACCUUCGUUGCUGAUGAUUGUAGCGGUAGCUAUUGCUACUUCUUUAGUGUUAGGCAAAUUGAUAAAAUAGAGGUGCUAUCUAUUGCGAAAGAUGUUCUAAAAUUUAAAUAAAAGUUGAAUAGUUUCAACUAAAAGUAAAACGACUAA